GAUUUAUCCCUCUAUAAAUUCAGAUACUCCUCAACCCUAGGUGCAAGCUUCCCCAAAUUCAUCACAAUUUCGAAUCGCUAAUCUUCCAAACAGAUUGAAGGUUUUCUCGAUUAAUCGGAGAUGCUGAGAGUAGCAGGGAGGAGGCUGUCUUCUCUCUCAUGGCUGUCUGCUCAGCCUUCGUCCGCCGCGCUCGCCUCCAGGAAUCCCUUCCCGCUCUCUGAUUCAUCCUCCAAUGGCCGCACCGCUUCCGCUUCUUCACCCGCCGAUUGCAUCAACUCAUUUCCCAGUCUUAUCCGAGCUGAUGGAAAGAAUAAGAUGAAGGUGAUAUCACCAUGUAACUAUUUGCCAUUCAAUCAAAUACGAUGUGGAACUGUGGAACCACACAGCACCUUUGAGACAGUCCGCAACAUCGUCAGAAAUGUAGCAACACAGCAAGGUCCUCCGUGCUUCAGAGGUGAAGGACGUCGUUACUUCAAUAGUUUCAGGUAUAACCAUUCUGGACUAUUUGCUCCUUUCCGAGCAGAGCAGCCAGCCGCCCACCAGCUUCCAGGAUCUGCUGCAAGGAGAUUCUACCGCCGUGGUGAAAAGCCACCCAGUAGGACCCCGGACAGGAACCAAAAUAUACGUGAUCACAGACGUAGACUGCUUGCUGCUAAAUACGAAUUGAGGCGAAACCUUUACAAGGCCCUCUGCCGUGAUCCCGACCUCCCUAAUGCUAUGAGGGUGAAGCACCGUUGCAAGUUGUCGAAGCUGCCAAGAAAUAGCUCCUUUACACGCGUGACAAACCGAUGCAUCUUCUCCGGGCGCUCCCGUGCCGUGUAUAAGAAGUUCAGAAUUUCUCGUAUCGUUUUCCGGACGCUGGCGAAUCAAGGCCAAUUGAUGGGCAUAAAGAAGGCAUCGUGGUAGGGCACAAGCAGUAGUGGUAUAUGCUUUUGGAUCGAAAUAACAAUGUAAUGCGUCAAUCUAAGAUAGGAUGAAUAUAAGUGAUGAUUGUUUAUUUCGUCUGCAUUUUAUCUGGACUAACAUCAAAGGUAGCAAUGGUGCUUCAUCAUUUCUUCAAGAGGCAAAAAAAUUGCAUGACAUUGAAUAUUGCUGGCUGUGACAUUGUAUUUAGCCUACAGCUGUUUUGAAUUGAUAAAACAAUAAGCUGUUUUGUUACUUUGAUUUUA